GGCGCGGAGAAGGGCCGGUGGUGGCCGCUGUCGCUGGCUUCGUUGUGUGGGACCCGGGGUCCGCGUCCGCUCCCCGCGCCCUCCGAGCUCCGCCCCGUCAGGGCCUCCGCGGCCCGGCGCCGGCCCGUCAUGGAGCCGUCGGCGCGCCCUGCGCGGCCCCGCUGAGCCUCGGUGCGGCGGCGAGCGCGGCUCGGGGUCACCAUGCCUACCCGAGUGUAUUGCUGCUGUUCCGCUUUGCGUCCUCGCUACAAACGCCUGGUGGACAACAUAUUCCCUGAAGAUCCAAAAGAUGGCCUUGUUAAAGCUGAUAUGGAGAAAUUGACAUUUUAUGCAGUGUCUGCUCCAGAGAAACUGGAUCGCAUUGGUUCUUACCUGGCAGAAAGGUUGAGCAGGGAUGUUGUCAGACAUCGUACUGGGUAUGUUUUAAUUGCUAUGGAGGCACUGGACCAACUUCUUAUGGCUUGCCAUUCUCAAAGCAUCAAACCAUUUGUAGAAAGCUUUCUUCAUAUGGUAGCAAAGCUGCUGGAAUCAGGGGAACCAAAGCUUCAAGUUCUUGGGACAAAUUCUUUUGUCAAAUUUGCAAAUAUUGAAGAAGACACACCGUCCUAUCACAGACGUUAUGACUUUUUUGUAUCUCGCUUCAGUGCCAUGUGUCAUUCCUGUGAUAGUGAUCCAGAAAUAAGAACAGAAAUCCGAAUUGCUGGAAUCAGAGGUAUUCAAGGCGUGGUUCGCAAAACGGUUAAUGAUGAACUUCGGGCUACCAUUUGGGAACCUCAGCAUAUGGAUAAAAUUGUUCCGUCCCUGUUAUUUAACAUGCAAAAGAUAGAAGAGGUUGACAGUCGCAUUGGCCCUCCUUCUUCUCCUGCUGCAGCUGACAAAGAAGAGAAUCCUGCGGUGCUGGCUGAAAACUGUUUCAGAGAACUGCUGGGUCGAGCGACUUUUGGGAAUAUGAAUAAUGCUGUUAGGCCAGUUUUUGCGCAUUUAGAUCAUCACAAACUGUGGGAUCCCAAUGAAUUUGCAGUUCACUGCUUUAAAAUUAUAAUGUAUUCCAUUCAGGCUCAGUAUUCUCACCAUGUGAUCCAGGAGAUUCUAGGACACCUUGAUGCUCGUAAAAAAGAUUCUCCACGGGUUCGAGCUGGUAUUAUUCAGGUUCUGUUAGAGGCUGUUGCCAUUGCUGCUAAAGGUUCCAUAGGACCCACAGUGCUGGAAGUGUUUAACACUCUCUUGAAGCAUCUGCGUCUCAGCGUUGAAUUUGAAGCAGAUGAUUUACAGGGGGAAUCGGAAGGCAGUGCCAACUUAAACACAAGUUCCAAAGACAAUGAUGAGAAGAUUGUGCAGAACGCUAUCAUCCAAACAAUAGGAUUUUUUGGAAGUAACCUACCAGAUUAUCAGAGGUCAGAAAUCAUGAUGUUCAUUAUGGGGAAAGUACCUGUUUUUGGAACAUCCACCCAUGCCUUGGAUAUCAGUCAACUGGGGGAUUUGGGAACCAGGCGGAUUCAGAUAAUGUUGCUGAGAUCUUUACUUAUGGUAACCUCUGGAUAUAAAGCAAAGACAAUUGUUACUGCCCUGCCUGGGUCUUUUCUGGAUCCUUUGUUGUCACCAUCCCUAAUGGAAGACUACGAACUGAGACAGUUAGUCUUGGAAGUGAUGCAUAAUCUCAUGGAUCGCCAUGACAAUAGGGCAAAGCUUCGAGGGAUCAGAAUAAUACCAGAUGUAGCUGACCUAAAGAUAAAAAGAGAAAAAAUUUGUAGACAAGACACAAGUUUCAUGAAAAAGAAUGGGCAGCAGCUAUAUCGGCACAUAUAUUUGGGCUGUAAAGAGGAAGACAAUGUUCAGAAAAACUAUGAGCUACUUUAUACUUCUCUUGCUCUUACAACUAUUGAAUUGGCCAAUGAAGAAGUGGUUAUUGAUCUUAUUCGAUUAGCCAUUGCUUUACAGGACAGCGCGAUUAUCAAUGAGGAUAAUUUGCCAAUGUUCCAUCGUUGUGGAAUCAUGGCACUGGUCGCUGCAUACCUCAACUUUGUAAGUCAGAUGAUAGCUGUCCCUGCAUUUUGCCAGCAUGUUAGCAAGGUUAUUGAAAUUCGAACUAUGGAAGCCCCUUAUUUUCUACCAGAGCAUAUUUUCAGAGAUAAGUGCAUGCUUCCAAAAUCUUUAGAGAAGCAUGACAAAAAUUUGUACUUUUUGACCAACAAGAUUGCAGAGUCACUAGGUGGAAGUGGCUAUAGUGUUGAGAGAUUGUCAGUACCAUACGUGCCACAAGUAACAGAUGAAGAUCGUCUUUCUAGAAGAAAAAGUAUUGUGGACACCGUAUCCAUUCAGGUGGAUAUUUUACCCAACAGCAUUCCUUCUGAUGAUGUGGUUAGUAACACUGAAGAAAUCACCUUUGAAGCAUUAAAGAAAGCAAUUGAUACCAGUGGAAUGGAAGAACAGGAAAAGGAAAAGAGGCGUCUUGUGAUAGAGAAAUUCCAGAAAGCACCUUUUGAAGAAAUAGCAGCACAGUGUGAAUCCAAAGCAAAUUUGCUUCAUGAUAGACUUGCUCAAAUAUUGGAACUCACCAUACGUCCUCCUCCCAGUCCAUCAGGAACACUGACCAUUACUUCUGGGCACGCCGAAUAUCAGUCUGUCCCAGUCUAUGAGAUGAAGUUUCCAGAUCUGUGUGUGUACUGAGUGGCUCAUGAAGACCUCAGCAUAGGAUUUUAAAGCCUAACAAUUAAGGUCAAGCUGAGUUUUCAGGGUUUACUUAAUGCAUUACCAACAUACUCCCUGAAAAUAAUGGUGGAAGUUUUCUUUAACCAAAUGCUUGGCAUUUCAUAUCAGAAAUUUUGGAACUAAAUAUGACUUACAGUACUUUUGAAAAUAGAUUUAUGCCAUGUUAAUUUCUUCUGAGAUUCCUGUUGGCUUUUAAAGUUGAACAUGUGUUGGUCUCACAUUAUUCCAUUGUUAAACAGUAUAUUUUAAACUUUUCACAAACAUAAUUAAAAAAAAAAUUAAGCUUUCAGAGGAUUGAAGAUAUAUCAAGUGUCUACUACGUUUCUUAAACGUCUACACAACUGCUUAGAAAUAGAAUUGCCUUUGUUUUUGGUUAUUGGCAAAAGCAAAACAUACAAAUAUGUUCCUGAUCCUGGGGCUGCAAAACUGUUCUGUGGCUUUUUGUCCCCAUGUUUUAGGUGUUGUGCUGGGCGUCCCUUUAUUAAUACGUUUACUGUAAUAACGUGGUAGGCAUUCCUUGACUUGUGUAUGGUAAUAUUACAUCUGUGAGUAAUAUUCCUAGAAUAUGACCCUAAAAUCGCCGUACUUUAAAGUGUCUAGUUCUUGUAAUACUGUGUAUUCUGCAGAGAGUUUGACCAUUCUACUUGAGAGGCUUAGAGCUUACUCUUGGAGUACCGAACUGUGCAAUAUUUUUUACAUUAUAAGGUGUAUUAGUUUACAGACUGUGCUUUGAAAUUAUAGUAGUAUUUUGCUGUGGCUCCGUUAAUUAAAAGAGCUAUAUAUCUAGUAUAGAACAAAAAGACAUUUAAAACAGCUACUAGUUCACCUGUGAAGAGUGUGUACAUUUUGAUUUCUAUUAAGAGCACAUUAAUUUACAUUUUUAUAUUGUGCAUUAUUUUAAAUCCUCAUGGUCAAAAAAUUACCCAAACGGACUUUGAAUUUAUAAGAUCUAAACCAUAACUUGUAUGCAUCUCUGUUUAGGAUUUGUUAUAUUACAUUUGAAAAGAGUGCCUAUGGUUUUAGCAAUUAAGUGUGCUAGGGAUCGUCAAUUUAAGCUUCUGUUGAUUUAAAUUACCAAGAUUACAUGUGCUGACAGUCCCGUAGUGUUUUCUUACCAUUAUGUACUUUUCAGUGAAUUCCAUGACCUGGCAAAAUGAACAACUUUCUUUGCAACUCUUAUAAAAUUCUUUUAGGACAUUUUUAUAAAAAUAACCUCUUUAUAAUUCUAAUACAUUUUCAGAUUUGAUUUUUUUUUUUUUUUACCUAAAACAGUAUACAUAUCAAAAAUUGUAGCUCAAAAAACAAUUCAGUUUGUAGCUUUUGUUUUUGUUUGAAAAGUUGCAGUGAAGAAUGGCAUGCUGUAACUUUGUGAUUAUGAUUAUUUGGGCAACUUUAGUAGAAACAGAAAAAAGUAAGGAAGUGAUAAUAGAGCAGGCAUACUCAAAAUUUUCUGAAUAUUUAAACCAAAGUACAGCAUCUUGAAACAUCUUGCAAAAGAUCCUAGUCAUUUAAACCUAUAAAAUGCUACUCAAACAUCCUGGGUGCUUUAUUAAGUGUAGAUAAACAAGACCUUGUUUCAGAGUAGUCGUGCAGUCCCCACUGGGGUAAUGGCCCUGCUGCACUGUCACUGUAACUUUGCCUCUUGAUCAGGUAAGAUCUUUCAGUAUUUAAUAGGCCAAGUUUUAUGUUUUUUAGUUCCCUUUUUUUCUUCUGUAUUUUUAAAGAAGGGUAUUAAUUUUUGUGCAUUUAAAAAAAAGCAGGGGGACAUGCAAAAACAAUCACCAUCCACUUGGAUGUCAUUUUAUAGAUUAACACUGUGUGCUUUUGUAUGAAAAAAUAUAUAUAAUUUAAUAGUAUAAGAAAGGAGGAUAUAUACUCAUUUUCACUCAUGCAAAACAAAAUUUGCUCUACAAAAUUUCGUGUUUCUCUGUGACGUAAAAAUGCAUGUAUUGCAUGUAAAGAAAAACCGUUUCAAUUAAUGUUUAUCACAUCUUUCUCUGGGUCUGUUUGUAAACUGUCGAUUUGGGUUUUGUGGGGUUUUUUUCUUGUUGUUGUUGUUUUUAAAUCACAGUAGACUUCUGUAUAUCCUAGAUUACCGAACUGGUCUUUCUAACAAUGAUUCCCAAGAAAUGGAUCUUUUCUUUGGCUUAUCCCUUCCAGGAGGUUGCAGGAGAUCCUGCAGGUGAUAGGUAUGCAUAUUGUAUUAUAGCCAGUUUGGAUACUGAAAGUUUAGGGUUUGUUGAAGUUCACUGUAUUGCUAUAUUUUUGUAGAUAUUUAAAACUCUUAAUAAACUGUUAAUCAUUCUGUUUUUGCUGUAUACGAUUGCUUAUAUCAUUCAUUUUUUUUCUUGACAUUGAAUAGUUAACAUGUAAAUGUUCCUCCUAUACUUGUGUUGUCUCUCACUGCUUAUAUAGAGUUUGAGGUCAUUGGAGUUUAUCUGAACACACACAUACACUCUCUUCCUUAAUACUUCUGAACUCAUUAUUUUUUAGAAUAAUGCUACACUUUACCAGCAAUUAAUUUCUCCCUCCUCAAAAUAUUUCUGUUCUUCCUGUCUGAAAAUGGAACUAAUUUGUCUUAUUCAUGCCAGUAUGUGUAAUAAAUGUAAUGAAGUGAGUUUUUUUGAAAUGUAAAAA